UGUGUCAAUGUGUGUGACACAAAGUGUGACAUAACAAUAUAACCUCAAAGAAAAUCUUUUUCUUUCGUGAACCUGCCUGCAGUACUUAUAAAGAGUGAAAUAUUGCUGAAAAGUAAAAGUAUUUAAAUGUAUUUAUAAUUUCAAUUCUACAAUGUCGUUGCUCCGAUCCACGAAGUUUGUGCGAUACUUUACUGGUGCGGCGAGAACACUUAUCCUUAAUAGUGCCAAAGCUGCCGAGACAAAUUCUCUAAUUAACCCAAAAACUUUAUGUGGAAUUAACAAUGCACUAGUAAGAGACUAUGCAACAUCCAAGAAGACAGAGAGCUUAGAACCACUGCUACAGAAAUUGGACUCUGAAGUUCGAAGAUUCGGCAGGAUUUCCAAGAAAGAUAUUGAUGAAAUUUUUGAUGAAAUAAGAGCCAAAAACAAUAUUACCAGCUCACAAUCGUUACUUGUCAUAAGAUGUUGCGGAGAGUUAGUACCAGAAGAAUUGCCAGAACAAAGAACCCUGCUGGUCCAGAAGAUAUGGAAUGUGCUCACAGAGCGAGGGAUUCCAAUGGAUAUCUCCCACUACAAUGCAUUGCUCAGGGUGUACAUCGAAAACGAACAUCCAUUCUCACCGGCCAAGUUCUUGGAGGAGUUAGAAAAGAAAGGAUUACAACCAAACAGAGUUACAUACCAAAGGCUCAUGUGGAGAUAUUGUCAAGAAGGUGAUGUAGAGGGUGCCACUAAAGUUCUUGAAAAGAUGAGAGAACUUAACUUCCCAGUGUCAGAGCCAGUAUUGAAUGCCUUAGUAAUGGGUCAUGCGUUCCAUGGUGAUACUGAAGGAGCAAAAGCAGUUUUACAAACAAUGGCCGGUGCUGGACUGGAGCCCUCAAACAAAACUUACACAUUACUGGCUUGCGGCUAUGCUAAACAAGGGGAUAUGGCCAGUGUUGAAGAAGUAAUCAAAACUGCUACAGAAAAAGAUGCUUAUUUUACUGAUAAGGAUAUUCUAGAUAUAGCAGAACAACUAGCUCUUGGGGGUCAUGGAGAUAAGGUGGAACAACUGUUCCCACAUCUCUUGAAGAGUGUUGGGUACAAUCAAGAAGUUUGCAAUGUUAUAUUCCGUCUUCUCAACAAGGGUCAAGAUGAGACUGCCAAGAAAAUCAUGACAACAAUGCCUAAAUCUACAAACACUGAAGACACAUUGUUCAAGGGAGCAUUCUUUGUAAAGCACCUUUUGAAACUUGGUAGACCAGUAGAUUCUAUUAUCAAAACUUGUAAAGACUUACAAGAUGAAGAUUUGGUACCGAACGCAUUUUACAUUGCAACCGAAGUUGCGCUACAAUUAGGACAAACUGAAUUGGCUCUAAAACUGUUCAAGGAAAUUGAAAAAAGCGGCAUAGAAAUUCGCCAACAUUAUUAUUGGCCGUUGUUAGCACAGAAAGGUAAAGAAGGUGAUGAAGAAGGAGUACUGCAACUCUUGAGGAAUAUGGCUUCAGAGAAUAUUGUGCCAUCAAGUGAAACUCUGAGAGAGUAUGUCAUUCCAUAUAUGAUUGGCAAAGACACACCUCAGAAUAUUAUACUGAAAUUGCAAAUCAGUGGCAUUCCCACAAUAGUGUGCGCAAGAAAUGUAAUGUUAGAGCUUUUGGAAUCUGGAAAAUUGAAAACUGCAACUGAAAUCGCUGUCGAAUAUCAUCCUAGAGGUCAAUAUAAUAUACUCGCAAGACCUCUUCUUAAUGCGCUGAGUAAAACAAAAGAUAUUGACUCUUUUGUUACAAUUUUGCACAUAACUAGUAGUAGACAACUGUCCCAAGAAGAGGACUCAAAUGAUGAACUCCAAAAAGAUGAGAGAGAUGUAAUUGAAGCAGGGCGUUUAGUAAAGUCUGCUGUGAAGCUAUUGUCAAAAGGAGAAUUGUGUGAAGAACUCCUUAGAAAGGUUUAUUCAAAAGGCAUAAGAAUAAGUUCAGAGUCUGCAGAAGCUAUUCAAUUGUAUUUAGGCGAAAAAAUGACUACUAGUUUAUCUGAAUUGCUUACACAGCUUACAUCAAGUGAUUUAGAAUUAGCACCCGUCGAAAGCGUGAAACGCGAGUCAGGACCAUGGAAUUCCAUACAGUUAGAACAACUAAUUAAACGCCUGAAAGGAAAGGAGGGUACAAACGUAAAUCGCCUUCAAAAACAAUUGCUCACAGCAUAUAUAAAGGAAAACAAUGUUGCUAAAAUGAAAAGUUAUCUAGAAGAAUUAAAAGCAGAUAAUUUCCAACUCAGUCCCGCUAUUUUAGCGCAACUUUAUGAAUUUUAUUGUCAAAAUGAUGAAAUUGAAAAGGCUAAUGAAUGUAAGGAUCAAAUAUAUGAAAAAAAUCCAGAUUUUGUCUUGAACAAGUUUAAGUUGGUGCAAAUGGCUUACGCCUUGAUAAGGGCCGACAGAUUUGAUGAAGCUUUGAAUUUUUUGAAGGAAAACAAAUUACCGCAGGAUGAUGAUGCAUCUGGUUUUGUAUACAAUUCUAAAUGUUGGCAAAUGUUGAACUAUUUGGCAGAGAAAAAAGAAGAUGCAAAAGUGAAGGAAUUAACCAAUUUGCUGAUAGAAAAUAACUAUGUCGAGGCUUCUAACGUGAUGUUGGGACCAAGCAUCAAGGCUCAUGUGUUGAAAGACGAUAUAGAGGGUGCUCUUAACGAGUUUGAAGAGUGUUGUAAGAAGUACAGAAGCACUCCUUGGAAAGGAGAACUCAUGAAGGCACUUAUUUUAAAGGAAGAUGCUUCUAAGCUGCAGUGGUUAGCCGAUUUAAGUACUCAGAUCCAUGGUGAGGUGAACAUCCUUCACGAUUUGGUCCUCGCUUUCGUUGAAUGCGGUCGCCUGAGGCAGGCGCGCCGCAUCCUGGAGACUCCGGGCUUGCAGACGCGGAACAAGAGACUUGACGACGCCUGCCUGCGAUAUGUCGAGGAAGGCAAAUCAGAAUACCUCGAGGGCUUACUGGAAGCGACUAAAGAACUCUCCCAUAUUGAUCGUUCCAAUAUUUUCUACCACCUCCUAGUCACAUACUGUAAAGCCGAUGAAACUGACAAAGCCAUAGGGCUCUGGACUGUACUUCAAGAGGAAGGCGAGAUACCAAGCGAUCAAUUCCUCAUUUAUCUCGGAAAACAUCUGAAGUCAAAGAGCAGAAAAGUCCCGUUUGUUGUUCCCAAUGAAAAAGAAGAAAAUGUAAAAAAAUCUGUUCUAACUGAAGCGAAGCCAAAAAUAGUUGCAGAUAAACCAACCAAAACCGAAAUAAGUAACCAAAUCGAGAGUCUCGUCAAAGACGGGAAACCCGAGGAAGGAAUGGAUUUGGCAAUAAAGUGUUUCAAAGAAGGUGUUACACCCAAAUCAAACGUUCUCAAAUUUCUGUUGAAAACACUCUCUGAAAAAGGUAAUGUUGAGAAAAUAAAAGAACUUGGCCAGUUUGCAAAUGAAUCGCUGAGAAGGAAGAUAACAUAUGAUGAUAAGCUGACUUUGGCUGUGUUCAAUAGCGGCUCUGGAUCCCAGCAUAUUAAUAGUUUGCUGGAACAGGUGAAUAAUGCAAAAACAGAGGCUGAACUAGAAGAAGCUUUGAGGAAAUUCCCCAGGAGUAGUGCUUUAGCUUCAAUCGUUAGUGAUGAGAAUUUAGUUGCUAAAUGUCAUCAAAUUGCAGAAGUGGCAGCAUCGAAAGGAUUCUUCACACCUGCAAAUCUGUUGUGGAUGGAAUAUUUACUGGCUGGCAAAGACCAACAGGCAGAUUCUCUAUGGAAAAGUGGUCUGAACAAAUCAAACGUUAUUGUGUUCAGAAGACUUCUUCAAGAAUGCCAUAUAAGACAGGAGCCACAAUUAAUUGAAAAACUUAUCAGUAUCUUGAAAACGAACAAGGAAUUAUCAUUAGGUUCAGUUGGCAACGCAUAUUCCCGCCUUAUAAAUAUUCAUUUGAUCAAUAACAGAGUCGAAGAAGCAGAGAAUGCCCUUAAAACCGCGUUAGAUUAUGGCGUAAAAACUGAAUUCUUUAAUAGAAAUAGCUUGGAACGACUUAAAGCAGCAGUGGAAAGUGCCGGAAGAGAAUUCAAGUAUUCUGUCAAUUAAGUUUUUUGCAUUUAUCACAUACUUGUAGUAUCUCUUGUAACCACUUUCAUUUCGUGUGUAGUUUUUUUAUAAGUCUCAAAUUCCUUUUGUUGUACAAAUGCUAACUGUCUAUA